AGAACAUAAACACAAGUAUUCUGUUAAUAUUUAAUAAAACAAGAAAGUGAACUAAAAGUGAACCCAUCGAGUGAAUACCAGACGAGAAGUUUUUGAACUGCUCCCAGGAAAAGUUCUCGUUACGCCCCCGAAAAUGUGUUAGAAGCCCCGCAGAAAACCUGCAAGACAACCGAUAAGAAGGAAAACUCUAUAUCAGCACCAUGGACAUGACCAAACAGAUUGUGGACUUUGAAAUAAAGUCGGAACUGCUCGGUGAAAUCGAUCAGUUCGAGGCGAGUGACUACACAAUGGCUCCACAGGAGGAGCCUAAGAUGGUGGAAGAGUCCCCCCAGUUGGAGCAUCUCGAGGACCAGAACAGAAAGUACUCCCCCGAAAGAGAAGUGGAACCCACUCUCGAGGAUCAGGGUGAGGUCGUUGAUCAAAUGCAAAAAGAUGCUGAGAGCGUUGGAGAAGUGAAGUCACCCGAGAAAGAUGUGGAAACGGAGCUGGUGAAGCCCAAGGAGAGUCCGAUGAACGAACAAGCUCUGACUCCCCCACCACGACCUCUGACCUCCAGUGAAGUGGUGGGUCUCCGGGAUCCCGAGCACACCGAGCUGCGUAUGUGCCUGGAGUCCAAGAAGUCGCGCUCCCUACCAGUUUCCCCACAGCCCCAACAGAGUCUUAAGCUAGCCGGAUCGGCGCUCUUUGAAUUCGGCCAAAGAUCCUCUCCAGUGGAGACCAAGAUCAAAACCAAUCCCGAGACGAAACCGCCGAGGCGCAAAAUAGUUCCUCCCAGCGGCGAGGGGCAGCAGUUCUGCCUGAGGUGGAACAACUAUCAGUCCAACCUGACCAAUGUCUUUGACGAACUCCUGCAGAGCGAGUCCUUCGUGGACGUUACCUUGUCCUGCGAAGGCCACUCGAUCAAGGCCCACAAGAUGGUGCUAUCCGCCUGCUCGCCCUACUUCCAGGCCCUGUUCUACGACAAUCCCUGCCAGCACCCCAUUAUCAUCAUGCGGGACGUCAGCUGGUCCGACCUGAAGGCCCUGGUGGAGUUCAUGUACAAGGGGGAGAUCAACGUCUGCCAGGAUCAGAUAAACCCCCUGCUCAAGGUGGCCGAAACCCUGAAGAUCAGGGGUCUGGCGGAGGUCAGUGCGGGCAGGGGCGAGGGAGGCGCCUCCGCACUUCCCAUGUCCGCCUUCGACGAUGAGGACGAGGAGGAGGAACUGGCCUCGGCCACUGCUAUUCUGCGGCAGGAGGGUGACGCCGAUCCCGAUGAGGAGAUGAAGGCCAAGAGGCCCAGACUGCUGCCCGAAGGAGUCUUGGACUUGAAUCAGCGACAAAGGAAGCGGUCCAGGGAUGGCAGCUACGCCACUCCGAGUCCCUCCCUCCAGGGCGGUGAGUCCGAGAUCUCGGAGAGGGGCUCAUCCGGCACUCCUGGACAGAACCAGAGCCAGCCCCUGGCCAUGACCACCUCCACCAUAGUGCGCAAUCCCUUCGCCUCACCCAAUCCCCAGACCUUGGAUGGCAGGAACAGCGCCUUGAAUGCAGCAGCAAGCCAGAGGAAAUCACCAGCACCAACAGCGGGUCACAGCAAUGGAAACAGCGGCGCCGCCAUGCACUCCCCACCCGGGGGCGUGGCCGUGCAGUCCGCCCUGCCGCCCCACAUGGCCGCCAUCGUGCCCCCACCCCAAUCCGCCAUGCACCACCAUGCCCAGCAACUGGCCGCCCAGCACCAGCUGGCCCACUCGCACGCCAUGGCUAGCGCCUUGGCAGCCGCAGCCGCCGGAGCUGGCGCAGCGGGAGCGGGCGGAGCAGGAUCCGGCAGUGGAUCGGGCGCCAGUGCUCCGACUGGAGGAACGGGAGUGGCGGGAAGUGGAGCCGGCGCGGCGGUGGGAUCCCAUCACGAUGACAUGGAGAUCAAGCCAGAAAUCGCCGAGAUGAUUCGCGAAGAGGAGAGGGCCAAGAUGAUCGAGAGUGGAGGCCACGGUGGCUGGAUGGGAGCGGCAGCUGCGGCAACUGGAGCAGCUUCUGUGGCGGCAGAUAGCUACCAGUACCAGCUGCAGUCCAUGUGGCAGAAGUGCUGGAACACCAACCAGCAGAACCUGGUGCAGCAGCUCCGGUUCCGCGAGCGCGGCCCAUUGAAGUCCUGGCGACCCGAGGCCAUGGCCGAGGCCAUCUUCAGUGUCCUGAAGGAGGGGCUCUCCCUGUCGCAGGCUGCCCGCAAGUUCGACAUCCCCUAUCCCACCUUCGUCCUGUACGCCAAUCGGGUGCACAACAUGCUGGGACCCUCGCUGGAUGGCGGAGCUGAUCCGCGGCCAAAGGCACGCGGUCGUCCCCAGAGGAUCCUGCUGGGCAUGUGGCCGGAGGAGCUCAUCCGCAGCGUCAUCAAGGCCGUGGUGUUCCGGGAUUAUCGCGAGAUCAAGGAGGACAUGAGCGCCCACCAGUACGCCAAUGGACAGGGCCAUGGUACCUAUAUCGGAGGAGGCACCACCACGAAUGGCUACCACAGUGCUGCGGCAGCCAAGCUGGCGGCCCAGAAUGCUGCAUUGGCUCCGCCGGACGCAGGAAGUCCGCUGAGCUCCAUGACGGAGACCCUGCGCCGCCAGAUCCUCUCGCAGCAGCAGCAACAGCAGCAGCACCACCAGCAGCAGGCGCACCACCAGCAGCAGCCCUCGCACCACCAGCAGCAGUCGCCCCACGCCCAGUCCAUGAACAUGUACAAGUCUCCGGCCUAUCUGCAGCGAUCCGAGAUCGAAGAUCAAGUAUCCGCAGCGGCGGCCGUGGCUGCGGCGGCGGCCAAGCACCAGCAGCAGCAGGGUGAGCGAAGGGGUUCGGAGAACCUGCCCGACCUCAGUGCCCUGGGCCUGAUGGGUCUGCCGGGCCUGAACGUGAUGCCCUCGCGGGGAUCGGGUGGAGGAAGUGGUGGCGCAGCGCCGAACAGUGCCGCCUCCUAUGCCCGCGAGUUGUCCCGCGAAAGGGAGCGCGAUCGGGAGCGCGAGAGGGAGAGGGAGCUGUCCCGCCAGUAUGGCAGCCAGUCGCGGGGAUCGAGCUCCGGUUCCGGAAGCGCCAAGUCCCUGACCGCCAGCCAAAGACCAGGAGCCGCCUCGCCGUACUCCGCCGCCCACUAUGCCAAACAUCAGGCGAGCGCCUACAACAAGAGGUUUCUCGAGAGCCUGCCCGCCGGCAUCGACCUGGAGGCCUUCGCCAACGGGCUGCUCCAGAAGUCGGUGAACAAGAGUCCGCGCUUCGAGGACUUCUUCCCGGGACCCGGCCAGGACAUGAGUGAACUGUUUGCCAAUCCGGACGCGAGUGCAGCUGCCGCGGCGGCCGCCUAUGCGCCUCCAGGCGCCAUCCGGGAAUCGCCUCUGAUGAAGAUCAAGCUGGAGCAGCAGCAUGCCACCGAACUGCCGCACGAGGAUUGAAUCCUGGGCAGGGGCGGGGCAUUGGGACACACGCUGGGGUGGGGCAAUCAUUAGGUAACCAAAUAAAUGAGAGGGGUGCUAAGUAAUCUUGGAUAAGAGUAAGUAGUUUUGAUUUUAGAACUGAAGGUCUAGCAAUUUCAAUUUUAUAAUGUGCAAAAUAUAAUUCAUAGAACAGCAGAUACGUAGCAUUACAUACGAUUUUUUUUAUGAUAAAUCUUUUAAAAUAGGAAAAGUGUGUAGGAGGCCCCCAGCUCAUAUAAAAUGUGACUGAUAACGUAAAACACACGUUAUAUCUUAUCGAGAAAUAGCAAAAACGUGGAAUAAAAUGAACCGUUUCACUCCGAUAACAUCAAUAUACGACGUUAAUACCAAGCAUAUGCGAUUUAUUUUCCCCAAGAAAUAACCCGAAAAGUCCAAUGAUUACUUGCCCCAAAGAUUCUUGGCCCGAAUUGGAAAACCACCCUGAGCCCAAAGGAAGAAGAAAACAAUAGACCCACAAACAUUUUUGGACUGCUACUUGAACCCCAACGUUUUUAGUGUUUAGUGCUUAGUUGAAGUUGCUAACUGGUUUUUAUGCCUAGGCUAGUUUUAGAGUGUAUCGAGGAAGGUAUAAAGUAUUAACCUAUUAUUAAAGCACACCCCAAAACACAACAAACACACACACACCCAAACACACACAUACUUCGGAACUUUCCUGUAAGGAUAGGAUCUCGUACUUUGUCUUAUUUAUUUCGAGAGAACUCGUUGCGUUGAUUGCCUUUUUUGCCACGCGAAAAUAAUAAUAAUAAAUAGGCUUACGAUUAACAAUAAACAACGUAACCGUAAACAUUAAAGUUACGAUUAGAGACUUGUGCAUUUCUUAAAUGUAGCUUAACCCUAGAAUAGCCCUCAAAUACAAAACACUGAAUGUUGUCAAAUCCGGUAAUCACCACUUUAUACAUAUAUACGAGUACAUACGAGUACAUAUACGCAAUACUUUAGAUACAUAAACCCACACAGAUAGACGUGCAUACCAAUACCAUACCACGCACGUACAUAAACUUAUAUUAAUGGUAUUUCCAAAUGUAACUGUAAAUAAUGUACAAAUUUCCAUAGCUUUAGGCUUCGACUUAAUCUUAGACUUACCCCAAAAAGCCCUUCGCAGCACUUCUUCUAUGGUAAUCGUAUUGUAAAUGAACGAAUGGGCAAACAACGCAGGCAGCAUCACAUUAAAUUUCUGCUAAUUUUAUGUAAACAACCACACAGACACACACAGAGUCACACAGAUACACAAUACCAGCGCACACGGCACACACACUCGACUGUCAGAUACGCAUAUAGUAUGUGUAUGCAUAUGUAUUGUCCGAACUGCGUGGGUGAACUAUUAUCUUUAUAACUAUUAUUACGAUUAUUAUUAUUACCUACCCCUAAAAGAUGCGCGAGGCAUUCUUGAGUUUAGUUAAACCGUAAAUUAUACAACAAUAAACAGAAAGAAAAAAUAAAAACGAAUCGAAAAGCUAAAUGUCAACCAACCA